GACAACAUUAAAUUCGUUUUUCUCUUUCGUUUGAAGACUGUUUCACUUUCCCGCAGAAAAUAGGGUGUCGAAUCUGUCCUAUAACCUCCGUUAUAUUUUUUACUAUUUAAAGAUCGAAGAUGAAUCUUUUAUGAUAAUUGUGGAUUAAUUCAUGUAAAGAUUGUUCUAAGUGAUGUUGUGUAAGAUCGUUUGUGUUCUUGCGGUCACUCUGUAGCGUUUUAAAAAAUUAAACAUGGCCUCGAACCGAGGAAUUCAGAUCGGAUCCGCGUGGUUUCAACGGAAGCUGAACUUGAGGCCGCAGCACCGGGGCGUGCACCUUGUCACUGAGGAGAUCCUCAAGCAGGUGCCGGAGCUCUCGCAGUUCGCUGUCGGCCUCUGCCAUAUCCAAAUAAUGCACACAUCGGCGAGUCUCGCACUCAACGAGAGUUGGGACCCUGAUGUCAGAGACGAUAUGGAGAUGAUGCUCAACAAAAUUGUGCCAGAGGGCUUGCCUUACCGCCACUCAUGCGAGGGCCCUGACGACAUGCCGGCCCAUGUGAAGGCUUGCUUCUUGGGCUCCUCCCUCACCAUCCCCAUCACAGAUGGCAAGCUCAACCUUGGCACAUGGCAAGGUGUUUGGCUCUGCGAGCAUAGGAAUCACGCUGGCAGCCGAAAGGUGGUAGUGACGCUGUCGGGCUGCCCGCGCGACUCGCCGCUGUCGCCCGUGUCGGCCGCGUCGUGUUCCAGUUAGGAGCGGGGGGGGGGCGCGACCCCCCACACACACUCUCACUCGCGCCCCUCCUCCAAAAGCACGCGGAGGUAAACCCCGCGCCGACACCUUUUAUAUCCCACACCUAAGAUAGACAUAGUUCUUACUCUUAUCUUCGAGCGACAAUAUGUACAUAAGAUAAAUAUUUUGUAACGCCUCGCGUGCCACCUCACACGCGGGCCUGUGCGAGCCGAGCUCCUAUUUGUAAUAUAGCGUUAUAGGAAUUGAAGGCGCUCCGGUGUCGAGUAGCUCGAAAAGCGCCCAGCCCGCGGCGAGGUGCCACGCGGACACAGACCCUAUUAAUGUUACGUUCAGUCGAAAUUAAUGCUGAACCCGUUGAACUUGUACAUAAAAAUUAUGUGCGAUGGUUUUAAAGUAUACAUAAAGUAAUUGUUGUUUUGUUAUUGCAACUUGUCGAUAUAAUGUAAAUAGAUCACGCGUGGACGUUGUGACAUUCCGCUUCGUAGAUUCGGUUCGAUCGUUGAAGGAGUUCAUCUGGUACCUACUUUUACCAUUAGUGAUCAUAUAAUACGUUAGGAGAAAAUAUGAAAUAAGAAGUAAUGAAUUGAAAGGAUCGAAUAUUUUUCACUACUGCACUCGUUCAAAUUUUUUCAAAGUACACCUGGAGACACUAUAUUUUUUAACAUGGCAGCACGUUAGACAUUUUUAUGGAUUCGGACACUCAUUUUACUACACCAAUUUUGUAUGUAAUCGCACUGGUUAACGGUCAGUUCGUGUAAGUUUUAAGAGCUGAAUGUAGGUUAUUAUAGUUAAGUACUUUGUACGUGUAUGAUAGCUCCCUUCUCUCUCCGUGUUAGGUUAGACUUUACUAACGAUUAGUACGUGGAACAUGUCCAUAGCUUUAAUUGUGUCACACCCGUUGUAUCAACGGGUCCUUCGCGGGAUGACAAAGAGCUAACAUUUGGUACCACUAGAUAGUAGUUGUAUAUCAUUACUCUUAAGAUCAUGUAAGUGCCUCGAAUUUAUGGGGUGGUCAAGAAUUAAUUUGCAGACUCGUUUCCGAGACUCGGUUUGUGAGUCGCGAAGACUGAACUCGGCCGGCGUGGCCGGGCGCCCGGGCCGGUGACACGCUCUCCGGCGCUGUACACUCGCGCCCUCUGACACUACGCUCCUAGGUGUUCCGUUUCCAUUCAUUUGUUGCUAUGUUUACAUGUUUAUUACGUCGAUUAUAUUACGGAUGCAAUCAAUUUCACGAUUACAGAAUAUACUAAUUAUAGGUGAAAACAAUUUAAUUUGGCGAUGUCUAUAAAGGCGUAUGUGUAUAGUUGUAAUGUCUUCCUAUGUAAGUUCCAUGUCACAUAACAAACAUUAGUAUAAUGUAAGUGAAUGUGAACGGUAUUAGGGUAUACAAACGUCACCUUUAUAUCCGGCCACAUCUAUAUAAAUUAGAUAAAGUAAUAAAAUUAUUGCGAUAGGGGGCUCCAAAUUGAAUCUAAAUUUGAGCAUAGUCAUUAUUAUACAUAGUUAUCAGGUGGAGUAAUCAGUAGCGGGUGUUUUGUAUGAUACGAGUCGUAGUGGAAAUUACAUAAUGUAAUUGGUUCACUAAUUUUACAGGGUUGAGAACCUUGUCGUUUUACAGGAAUUUAUAAUACUCAUUCCAUGUUCGACAUUCCAUCAACAGCGGAACUCAGUAGACGUCGUCUCGGGCUCGCACGCGGCGCGCUUGCGACCGUUUCGUUGCGUUCGGCUUUAGAUGUCCCAUCGAGAUCGCUUGUGUGGCACAAUUUUACACUUAGUUAGGAGUUAAUAAAUUAUAAAUAGUAGGGUACCGUUGCGUUAAGUAAAUAUUUAUUAAGCGGUGUUGACAGUGGCACGCGACACGCGAGCUCGCCGCGUCAUCGCGACACGCCGCACACACGUUGUUUUGAUACCGCAUUGUACAAAGUGUAGAUGUCUUACAUUGAUGGUAUGGUUCAUCUCAUGGACUGCUUGAACUUACUUCACUUAGGGAGCUUGUUGUACGUUCAUAUUCGGGCUUUUGAUAGAUUCACGUUUAACUUUUAAACAAUUUUUAAGUUUUUUAUAAAUCAUGGUAGUCAUAGGAAUCGUUUUUGGAAUUAUCUAAACAGCUUUAUAAAGCUUAAUUACGCUUCGAAUGAAUAUAUUGUUUAUUAAUUAUCCAUAUGAAUAAUUUACCUUGUGUGCAUUAUCAAUGUUCUAUGUAACAAUAGAUUCGCGCGUUAUCUCAGUUUUUUUACCGCUUAAAAUUUUAUUGCAUUCUUAUAAACUUUUUGGAUUGUUCUCGGAGGUGUGUGCAAAGGGUUGGCUAUUAAGUGCUUUUUAACACAUAAUUAAUUAAGGACUUGUAAAUAUUUUUUGCAUAAAUAUAGUGUACAUGUACGUUUAUCCAUGUACAUAAUGAUUCAUCGUAAUGUAAAAAUGUUCAAGUGCUAUUGGUGUAUGGGUGUAAUGUAUGCCACUGCCAUGAAGAUUUGCCUGUUUGUUAUAUUAUUGGUUUUAAUAUUCAAAAUAAAAACAUUCUUUUAAAUGUCAUUAUAUUGUAAAAUAAAUAAAAGUAAAUACAAUAUACUUAUUAUUAGUAAUCCGAAAUCCUACUAAGUAGAUAAGUUUUCAAAGACGAAAGCGACUGGUUCGCAACAUAUAAUAACAUUCCUUUUGUUUAUCUUAAGACAUUCCUGUCGCGGGGCAUGUUUUGUUGAACCGUGAUAAUAUAGGCUAGAGAUGUCCCCAGUUAGGCUGUUCACUAACAACGAAUAAGUCUAGUGUUUUACCUUUAAGUGGACUCCCAACUCCCAUCCAGAUAAAACAAGUUGAUUAUGUAAAUUGAGUGCUAAUAUUUUAUGUAAACAUACAUUUUAGUGGCUGUAUGAUCGACGAGUACCUGUAUUAUGUAUAUAAUUAAUGUUUACAGAUUUAGGGACUAUGUAAACAAAUGUUGCCUUGUAAUUGUGUUUUAUACGGUUGUCAGUUUGGCUGCACCACAGAAUUCUAAUAGUUUAUAGUUCUCGCAGUUGUUAAUGAACCACACAUUGAUAAUCUACUUGUUUAGAGUGAGUGCCGCUGCUUGUAUGGCCACUAAGGUGUCGAGGUGCAUAAGCUACGAAAUCGUACAAUACUUAACCGCAGUUAUCAAAUUAGCCGAUGUUAAUACUUGUAUCAAGUGAUUAUUUGUUAUUUCAUGUAUUCUGUUGUAAUGUUUAAAUAUAUUAUGUAAUGUAACAGUUCAAUAAAUAGGGCACAUUUUAUCAAAUUAUUUAUGUAUUUAGCAAACAAGUAAGCGUCAUUCAUUUGUUAAACAUAUUUAAUAUUAAUUGCACUUAGGAAAAUGAGGUUGUAUUCAAGAUUAAUAAAAUAACCAAAAAGAAAGACAAAUAAUUUGUAUGUAUAUUAUUUAAGAUCAGUAAAAGUUAUUAUAUCAAUAUUAUGAUUGUACAGUUGAUUGAUUCACGUUUUUCUUAGAGGAUCUUUGUCAGUUGUAUAUUGUUGGUUUUUUGCGCUCACUUGUAUAUGACGUUGGGAUAUCUGUCACGAAAAAAAUUUGAUUGUAUCAUAUAACUUGUACAAUAUAAAUAUAUAGAUCCACAAUUAUGAAAGAGAUUAAAUAUUUGCAAAAGUUAA